AUGACUCAUCCGGUGUGCAAUGUGCACACCAACCUGCGUGGGAUGCGUAUAAUUUGCACGCUCGUGCCUGGCCUCGGUCUCUGGUCUGGGUUCACGGCGGACAGCGGCGAAUUCGUCGGGUGGUGGGCACUAUCACCUGUCAUCAGGGACGAUGGCGGCGCGCUGGACCCGACGGCCGGCAACCUGGGCUACCGGUUGCUGCCCCGGUUCUGGCGGCAAGGUCUGGCCAAGGAAGGCGCCCUGGAAGUACUACGGCACGGGUUCGUGGAUCUCGGGCUGCAAAGGGUGCGGGCCGACACCAUGGCGGUCAACGAGGCGUCUCGCGCGACCAUGGCGAGCUGCGGGCUGCGCUAUCUCCGGACGUUUUUUGUCGAGUUUGAGGAGCCACUGCCGGGGACGCAGCUUGGCGAGGUCGAGUACGGGCUCACCUUGAAUGAGUGGCUGGCGCUGCCCGGUGAUAAGAAGGCAUAUAAGGUCGGAGUGGGACGGGCCUGGACGACUUCUUAA